CCCAGCUCUAAGCUUUACAAUAAUCAGCUGUUUGCGAAGUCACGAACUUAUCGCGAGACUACGUGAUAUCGCGAGAUGAGGUUCCUUCUGCUGCAGAUAUGCAAAGCUGCCCCUCGCGUGAGCCGGUGCGCGCUGCAGACGCGGUGAAAGCGGUCAAGCCCACAUCUCCAAACUGCAUCUGCCUGAUUUAGACUAGAUGAGAACACGAGACUGCAUAGGCUACUGUAUGCUCACGAGAGCGCGUACUUCUGCUAUUAUAGUUGUCAAACGAGUCCUCGCACGAAACAAGCUUGAUAUUUGCAGAUCAAAUGUUGAAGUGCUAAACUAAAGAGAAAUCUUUUGCACGAGGAUGAGAGUUUAGAGACGGCGUGUUUGUGAGAUCUCAGUGAUGGAGCAGGCAUCAGAGGAGGACAUGGAGAGCUCGUGGACUCUGCUUUCCUGGCUGGCCUCUUAUGUGAUGGUGUUUGGUGGUGCCGUGCCUUACAUCCCCCAGUACCAGGAGAUCCAGAGGACCAAUAAUGUUGAAGGGUUCUCCACAAGAGUCUGUCUGGUGCUGCUCAUUGCCAACAUACUGCGCAUUUUCUUCUGGGUAGGUAAGCAGUUUGAGAUGCCUUUGCUCCUGCAGAGUGUGGUAAUGAUUUUUACCAUGUUGGCAAUGCUGCAUUUAUGCUGUGCCAUUCAGUCCAGCAACCGUGUCACUACCAAACUACACCAUAUCACAGAUUUGGAUUUCAGGUAUUUCUGGAGCUGGAGUUCAUUUGAAGACUAUCUAAUAUUCUGCUUCGCCUUCACGUUGCUGUGUGCAUUUAUAACAUUCUUCUUUUUGGACUGGGUUUUGUUUGUGGAGGCUCUGGGCUCUUUAGCUGUGAUGUUUGAAGCCAUGCUGGGCCUUCCUCAGCUCCUGCAGAACUACAACAACAGAUCCACUCGAGGCAUGAGUGUAAAGAUGGUGCUUUUAUGGACUGCUGGUGACAUCUUUAAGACAACGUACUUUGUGAUCAACGAAAGCCCUGUCCAGUUCGUGGUCUGUGGCGCAGUGCAGAUCAUGAUUGACAUUGCCAUUCUGCUCCAGGUGGGAUACUAUGGCCAGGACUCCAGAAUCAAACUGGGAUGAUGUUACAUUUAAACAAUCGUGAUGAUAUUCACCACUUUACAACAAGGACGUAUACAGUACAUUACUUGUGUACUACAAAACUAUGGACUGUUACUUUCAUUAGUGUUUUAAGUCUGACACCAUGACUCAAUUUAGAAUCUAUAUUUUUAUUAGAAGUUACAGUAUAUUAGCAGUGAGUUCAAUUUAAAAAUUAAUUGAGUCUUAAAUGACAAACAUGCACUUAAGCCGGGAUGAACUCAUAAUCCAAAUCACAUUAUCCCAACAUAAUUUGAGAACGCUGGAAAGAGCAUCGUCAUUUAUUGGAAAUGAGAAAAUCUGACCUUUUGUACUUGCUUAGUAACUGGGAAAUAGUGCAGAUAUGACAAUCACUCCCGAGUUUAAGGUUUUAGUUCGUAGUUUUAAAGAAAAAGUUAAGAAAAAUUUGAGAGCUGCUAGUUUUCAGUGCAAUUAAACUACUGGGAACCUAUGUGUGCCAAUGUGCCGAUCGCAUCUGCCAUAACCUAGAUUCAAUCUGAUAGCUUGUUUAUCAACAAUUUGGGGAUCUUUCUCAUUUAAAAGCACUAACACACUGUUACUUACAAGUAAGCUGUAUUUUAAACUGUCAGACUUUUAAAUCCAAUUAAGCCUUUGAGUCAAGACCAUUUGCUGAUGUAUGAUUUUAAUUACCUGAAUAUUUUACAGGAAAGGCAUGAAGGGUAUGCCAUAAAUGUAUAAUGUAAAACUGAUAUAUUAAGCUUGAUUCCAGUGCUAACAUAAAAAAACUGAUUAGUUGUGUUUUAUAAUUUACAUAGAUCAAUAGUGCCCUAUCAGAAAGUAAUUUUACGAGAAGAUUGUUCAAUCGCCUUAAGGUAGCAGCCAGUGCCCGAACAAGACUUUUAUAAAUGGGGUGGCCAAGGCUAUUUUAUGUGUUUAUGUGUUACCCUGUAUCAAAAAAGCAUGAAUGAAUCUCAUGAUUUCUUAUUACUUCACAUUACCCCACAUUAGAUGAAUAUUCCUGCAUGCAUUACUAGCACAGAUGGGUGAUUCUCACGAAAUCCAGAUUUUAGAAGGUGUCCAGCAUCAGAAUUUUUAAAAGCCCUUGAAGCCAUUUUUUUUUUUGAACAUAUAAGAUUAAGGUCGAAUUUACUAUAACCAUUAUUUUUAGAGGAUUUAGAAAAUAUUUCCUAUAGAAUUAUUUACCUUUUUAGGUAAUCAUUAUCAAAAAUUAUCAUUACCGCAACAUGAUAUUACAUUAAAUAUAUGCAUUUACAAACUCGUGUUUCGGUAAUGAGAACUCAAAAGUUGUCUAGGUACUAUUUCAAAACAAAAUUUUAACUUUUAUAUGGAGAGAAAAAAUAAGAACUGCUUACCUGGUAGCCAUCUUGAGUGUCACAGUCAAUUAUGUCCCUUCCAACAUUUUUUUUUUCAAAUGUUAGUUCAUUAAGGGCUUAAACAAUGAUUGAAAAUUGUUGUGGAGGAUGAGAAAAUUAGUCUUGGACACAUUGAUAUUCCUUAUUAUUGUCUCUACAUUUACCAAUGAUCACCAAACACCACAUGUUUUUUUACGGUAAAUGUUUAUAGUAUAACAUGCACUGAAGCUUUUUAUUUUUUAGAUUUUUUAAUUAUAAAUAUUUCCAUGUCAAAGAACCCAAAUCCAUGGACACGUUGCGGUAAUGAAAAUGUUCCCCUUAAAUGUGGAAAAAACAACAAAAUUGGUUUGUAUGAUGUCAUUUGAAAUCGUGUGCAAAAUAGUACAUGAAGAGAUGUUUGUAACUGGAUGCUUCUUAUUUUUGAUACCCUUACUUUGCAUUAACUUUUUUAUCAAAAUGUUUCAUGACACCUCAUAAGUCUAAUUUCGCGAGAAUCACCCAGAUGUAAACAUAAUGUAAGGCUGAAUUUAAAACUAACUUAUAUUUUCACAUCACAUCAGAUUUACUGUUAAUAAAGUAAAAGACCUCACUUUAACUGCCGUAACUUUCGUAAAAAUUCAGGAAAUCUAAACUGCAAAUCUUAAACUUACUUCAAAUAGCAGAUCUAAACAAAGGAUUUUUGGCAAAAGGGUCAUUUAUUUAAAUAUUGAUUCAUCUCAAAGUUAUAGAAGUUAGUCUCUUCUUCUUUUUGUUAUUUAUAAUAAACUUUAAUGACAGAGACCUCAACAGGUAGGCUAGCCUACUGUUUUUUGGACAUAAGUAAAAUGUUUACAUUCAUUUAAGACAUACAGAAACCAAUUACUCACUAAGACAGCUAUUUUGAAAUAUGAGUAUUUGUCCGUUUAAGCCAAAAAAGACGCGAAUAUGAACUAAUUUUAAGCUCUGUGCAUGCCCUGCCUGUGGGUGUGAAACGCGAUGCACGUCGCUUUUUCAAGUUCAAGGCUCCAGUGCAGUCCAACACAGUGAACUUAAUAAUCAGUAGAAAGAUCACUUCACUAAUUUUUGUAAAAAUAAAAUAAAAGCUAGUCUAGGCUAUAUAAUAUAAUAUAAGCAUAAACUUGAUUCAGUCCACAGAAUGACAAAUACUAGAUGUGAGAUGUGAAGGGGGGUCCAGUGCCACAUCGGACACCCCUCUGGGUCCGCCAAUGGUAACACAAAUGCAAUGCAAUCUUACAAAUGCAGUGUUAUUUUUAUCCAACCUAUAAACUCACAGGAAACGUAUCUGUUUUGCAUGGUGGCAAUUUCUAGAACUGUUAGAUUAUCUUUAAAAAGCACGGAUGAAACUCCGCCCAUAGCCUUAUUGUCAAUGCAUGGGCGAAAGCAGAGCAUGCUAAAACGCACAAAUGAGAUUCAAACAAAUUAGACACUUUGUAAGGUAACCACAUAUUGCCAUGAGAUUGUCGUUUUAUAUAAAUAUAUAUCCAAAUAUAUCCAAGGUAUUGUGGAAAAUUUCAUUGGAAACAUCAUAUCGACACCUAUAAAGCCUAUGUUGUCCAUGACUAGUCCUAAACUGUUCAAAUAUUUAUCCAUUUACAUCACACCAAGAUAAAGGACAGUCUAUCCACAAAUAUUUGGACUGUUUUCAUAUGAAAGGUAAUGAAGCUGGUGAUAAAGGUAGCUUGAAUGAUGGUGUAAUUCAUCAGUUCUGAUAAAUUCUCAUCAUAAAAUAGAUCCACUCCAUUAAGUUACUAUUCGCACAUGCACUACAGUAUACACUCUCAGAAAUAAAGGUACAUAAGUUGUCACUGGGACAGUGCCCUAUACACUUUUGUACCCAAAGAGUUCAUAUAAGUACUUCAAAAGUACAUAUUGGUAGUACAAACACUAAAUGGUACAUAUUAGGACCUUUUAAAAGGGUACUGCCCCAGACAGUGUAAAGUACUGUAUGUACUGUUUGUCGCUGCAAAAAAUAAGUCACUGUAGCUUUAAAUGCUUGUAAAAUGCCAAGCUACUCAGGGCGAUACAAAUGUGGCCUUUAAAAAGCAGUUUUAGAUUCCAUCUUGGUCUAUGUUUGCCUCUCUCUUUACCUUUUUGCUGGUGACUCCAUUAGCAUUUCUCUGGUUAUUAUGGAUGUCUUCAAAGCUAUAUAGUCUAUUAGCUGUGUGUUAUCUGCAUAGGCAUUUUAUUAGCUUUAGUUCUUAUUUUGACAGGGAUUUUAUACCAUUGCGUGUAAGGUAAAUCUUUGUUCUGCCAGGAAAUACAUCUGGCCACAGCAAAGAUUAAAACUACCAACAUAUUUUUUCACUGAAAAAACGAUGUACUGUAAGCCCUAUAUGUAUGGCCUUUAAAACACAAAAAAUAUUGAACUGUUUCACCUCAGAUGAUGUACUACAACUCAGGAGAUGACUUUGGGUAUUAGUUGUUUCUUUUAAAUAUCCAAUUUGUGUCUUCGGUGUCACUCCGAAAAUGCAUAGAUAUGGAUAUAUAGAUAUAUAUAUAGAAUUAGUAGCAUGGUAUGGUAGCUUGACAAAUAUGAGCACAAUUUUAGACCCCUUUUUAUAAACCUUAUAGGAUAAGCUCAAGGAUUCUUAAGCAAAAGUUCAUAUUUACUUAUUUUGUUUCUUGUCAUUGUUUGUAAGAAUCAUUUCAUUGCUUAUCUUUGGGACAAUUUAUUGCACUUGUACCCGUCUAAGACUUUCUUAAACCUUGGUAAAAUCUGUUAUCCUACAGAAAACUGUCAAAAAUUACUGUUACCUAUAGGCAUUCAUGUUGAUGAUGUAUCUUUCUUUUGUAUAUGUUUGGCAAUUUUCUGUUUUGUUGCACAUGCCUGGUAAACAACUUUGCAGGCUCAGUUAUUCUUUUGUCUUGAUAAGGAAAUUGCACUGAUGAGCAAGAUAAAGGUCUAUUAUGUGUUUAAUGUUGUGUAAUAAUGACCGUUUAAUGUUGCCUUUAUGGUCGGAACGUUUUGUCAUUUAAAUCGUGUGAAAGAAAUUUGACAUCAAAACAAGCGUUAUUAAUAAACACAUUAUUGUGCACAUUUUUAAAGAUAUCAAUAUCAGCCCUAUGCAGCCUGUAUUUUGGAAUUGUGUAUGCGUUUGCUAGUAUAUCAUAUGUCAUGUAUGCAAAAAAAAAAGAGAAAAUGUUACUGAAUGACAGAAUUUGUGUUUUAUUGUAAAAGUAAUCUCUGUACUCUGUGUCGUAAUGUUUUUGUUUUUUAUUUAUUACCAUUAUUAUAAAACAGGAACCUACACUGAAACAAGAUGAUAUUUCCUGCACAUAUUGCUUGUUCAAUACAUCAGACUUAAUAUUUACCGAAUCGUUUGGAUUUGCAAAGGUCCAGCAACAUAUUUCAUUUAUAUAACAUCUAUUGCAUGAUUGCACAUUUCAAAUUAAAUGUAAAUUGCUUGUGUGA